GUGUCUUUCCCUGUCCGCCAUCUUAAAAUUGGGCGGGAAAGAAAGAGACGAAUAAAACGAGUGCGGCCCACUAAUCGGUCUCCCUUCAACUGCCAGGUGUCCCGGAAGUUGAGUGAGGAAAGAGGAAGUGAGGGAAGAGUUGCCACUUGGCCUUUAGGGCAACAGCUGGGGCAGUAGGGCUUGUGAUGGCGGCGGCGGCGGCGGCGUACUGAGGAAUAAGCGGUUUCUAUUGCCGCCUUCUAUAGCCAUAAUCAAUUACUGGUUGAGUCGUCCAGUUGGUUGACGUGGGCCUAGUCCGCCCGCCUUCCCGCUCUCUUCGUUUGCACCGCAAGGCGUGAGGGGAGCGCCUGUGGUCUGAGCUGGCUGGGGCUGGGCUGUGGACCAGAGGAAAGGGGAGACGGCCCGUUUGUCCCUCGCCCCUCCGAGGGUGGCUUAGGGCUUCUGAGGCUUUCCUCGGAGGGAGACGGGUGCCUGCAGCGGGCGGCCCCCUUGGUGCUGGGUGCCCCCCUUAGUAGGUUCCGAGCUUCUUGGCAGGCAGGCAAGCGGGUCUUUGGUGCUGUGGUUCAUCCUCGGCGGCGGGGCGGCCCCUGAGUGUGAAACGGAGGUGUCGCCAGCCCGCCUGCUGCUUAGCGCAGCCGCCUCUUGGCCCAUGAGGUUUUCUUCCCCUUUGGAGCCGUGAAGGCGAUUUCCUUGUUGACUUGGGGUGCCCCGGUUAAGACGAACCAGAAGCCGGCCAUGGAUGACUUCUUGUCUAUCAGCCUGCUCUCUCUAGCCAUGCUGGUUGGCUGCUAUGUGGCAGGGAUCAUCCCUUUAGCCGUAAACUUUUCCGAGGAAAGGUUAAAGCUAGUCACAGUUCUUGGUGCUGGGCUCCUUUGUGGAACUGCCUUGGCUGUCAUUGUACCUGAAGGAGUCCAUGCGCUUUAUGAAGAAAUUUUGGAAGCAAAGCAUCACCCAGCCAGUGAGACUCAAAAGAUGGUUGAAUCUGAGAAAGUAGCAGAUGCACCAGAUGUGCAUGACCAUGAGCACAGCCAUGAUCAUUCCAGAUUACAUGCUUAUAUUGGUGUUUCUCUCGUCCUUGGCUUUGUCUUUAUGCUCCUGGUAGAUCAAAUUGGCAGCUCUCAUGUCCACCCUGCAGAUGACCCAGAAGCAGCAAGGUCGGGCAAUUCCAAAAUUACUACUACACUGGGACUAGUUGUCCAUGCUGCAGCUGAUGGUGUUGCCUUGGGUGCAGCAGCUUCUACAUCUCAGACCAGCGUCCAGCUAAUAGUGUUUGUUGCAAUUAUGUUACAUAAGGCACCAGCUGCCUUUGGCCUUGUCUCUUUUCUUAUGCACGCUGGUCUUGAACGGAAUCGAAUCAGGAAGCAUUUGCUGGUUUUUGCACUAGCAGCACCUGUUUUGUCAAUGGUAACUUAUUUGGGACUAAGCCAGAGCAGUAAACAAGCACUUUCAGAAGUCAAUGCAACUGGAGUCGCCAUGCUCUUCUCUGCUGGAACUUUUCUGUAUGUUGCCACAGUUCAUGUUCUCCCUGAAGUGGGUGGAAUGGGACAUAGUCACAAAUCUGAAUCUACUGGAGGCAAAGGACUCAGCCGCCUGGAGGUGGCAGCAUUGGUUCUUGGCUGCUUGAUUCCUCUGAUUUUGUCCAUUGGACACCAGCAUUAAAAGUCAAAUCCAGCAAUCUUCUCCUCAAUCUGGUGUGAGCAGCAAUCUGGUGUCAGCUGCUCUUUUAUCAUUGCCUCUCUUACCCUGUUAACCACCCCAUCUGUUUUAAGAAGUCGGAGUGAAGUAUGAUUACGAAAGGAGGAAUUCUGGGAAAGCUUUUAGUAUAGCAGAUGGUACUUUUGACAGCCUGAUACAAAUCUUGCAUAACUUCCCUUUUCUAAAGAUACUCUUAUGACUUCCUGCUCUAUUCUCAGGGAAGUUGGAACUUAAGAAAUGAUUUGGGAAGAACUUUGCAGCUCAUCUUGAAAUCAUAAUCCAAGUAUUCUGUAUGUCUGCAUUCACAGCUGACCUCUUGACAUUAGGAGCUGCCUUCUAACAUGUGGAACUACUAUUCACCUCCAGAUUUUUCAUCUGGGCUGUCUUGGGCGGAUGCAUCCGGUGAAGAAAUGGGUUUUGGGUGAAGGUCUAGGCAAGAUUUGUGCUAGUAAAACAGCUUGAUAGGAUUCUUGCAUAGAAUUACUAGGAAACACAUCUGUUGUGCCCCUUGAGUAUAACAAUCUAUAUGGUAGAAUGAGGGAGCCACGCUGGAUUGGAGUUUAGGUUAUUCAAGGCUCUAAGGAGUAAGUGCUUCCCAAUUUAUUCUAUUAAGAUAGAAUACAGUAAGCUCUGGUCAGUGAAAGUGAAGGGUGCUCAAUGCAUCAAUCUGCAAUAGCAGAGACUAAUAUUUACCAUUAUUACAAGCAAGAAGUAUUCUAAGUUGUUGUGGGCCUUUUUAAAAUUAUCCCUUCCUCUCUGAAAUCGCUUAAUCAACUCUUGAGUGUAAGUGCAAGUCUGGAAUGCAGUGCCAGUCGCUUGAUACCUUUCCUUGUACGAAAUGCUACCGUUUGGCUAGUAAAUUUCAUUUUAUUAUGAAGGAAAUUGUAAAAGCCUUGGCAGAAACCUAAAACAUUUAAAGGUGUAUGUAGAGUCUCGGCACACAAUUUUUACAUCAGUUUUAAAUCUUCAUUCCUGUUGCUUACAAUUCUCCAGUUAAUACUUACAAUGUCACUGCUUGCAAACAAGAUAAAGUGUCUUUAGCACUGGUUAUUCUAUGUAACAGAUAUAUUUUCCUCUUUCCCUAUCUUUUUACAAGCAAGUAGCCCACAUAACUUGGAUCUCUUCCAUGCUUUGUCCACAUCCUAUAUUUGCUUGGCAGAGAAUAAUGUUUUGGUUCUUCAUGAGGAUUUUGUUUUUAAUUGUUUAUUUAUGCUUGCUGUUUUGGAAUUAGUGCAGCAGUAGUCAAGAUCAAGACUACUAUGAGGAUUUUGUAUUUUAUGAGGGAGGCUUAACAUUAGAAAUUGAAGUAAAAAAUCUGCACAGAAUAAUGUACAUGUAGUCUUUUCUGCAGGCUAGUUAUAGAACCAAUCUAAAAUCAACACUCAUCAGGCCUACCCAUGUGAUCCACACCAGCUAUAUAAAUGGAUUCUCCAAAAACUUGGUCAAACCACCUGGUUUUUCUGCCUGCCCUAGGCUAUUAGAACAGGUCUUGUCGAACACCUGGUGGGCAGCAUCAGCUGAUGAGUUUGGUGCAUUGAAAAUUGUGUGGGCCUGAUUUAUAGAUUUUCUUUUUUUUAAAAAAAAAGAAAAUCAUAUUUGUAAGGUAUGAAUAGUUUCUUGCUGAUCAAGUGGAGAUUUUUCUAUAAUGUAAAAUAAAAAUGCACUCUCAAAAUACAACACAAAGAAAACAUAGCAGGUGGUGUCUGUAUGUGAACCAAGAUGGCUUAUAUGCUUGUCAUAUCUGCAUACUUGAUUGUAGGAAAGCUAAACAGAAGAAUAAUUAAAGGCCAGGUUUGCCCUGCAGUGGUGGUUAAGGCAACAAGAAGAUUGUUCCUGAGUUGGCAAGGAGGGAAAUGGAGGUGAAAUAAAGUGAAUAACAAACUUGAUCUGAAAAUUUAUAGAUAUUAGAAGCACUUGGUGUAGGAGUUGGGAUUAAAUCAUACUUCAAAAUCAGUUUUUCUUAGUAUUUUAACAUUUGAGAGAGCACCUCAGGAAUCCCACUAUAGGGCAAAGUUGCAUUUAGUUGCCGAUAGCUGUUAGCAAAAAUGUGGCUAGAAGCUGCCUACACUAUUUCAUAUUUAUGAAAAUGAUGUCUGCCAGUUCUAGCUUCUCUGCUUUCUAACCUUGGGCCCAGUACCCUAUCAGGAAGUCUAUGUUGUGCUUCCAUCCAUGAUUUAUACGGAACAGUGUUUAUAAUCAAUAUGUUAAAUGCAUCACACACUAAACAUGUGAAAUGCAAGACAUGAGGCAGUAUAGCAAAGGGAUGUAAGGUUGAAAUGUUUCCAAAUGCAUUCAGCGUUCAACAACUCUCUCUCUUUGACCACUGCUGCUCUUAUUCACCCUUGUGUGAUGACAAGGUUGUCGUGUUUUAUCUGUACUGAACUGCUACCACAUAAGUGGCUAGCAAUGAGAAGGGAAUUUCUAUAUUAUGGAAACAUGCUCUAGCAGAGAAACAGAUGUGCAAUCCCUUUUGUAGCCAUGAGAAUCCUAACUUUGAGGAGAUGUCUAGGUUGAAGCAAACUCGAGUUUACCAUGCCCAUCAAAAUCCGCUCAAAAUCAGGGCUCUUGUAGUCUGGUUACAUGCCUCUGAAGUCUUAUUAGUCAAAUACAAAUUUUAAUCAAGGCUUCACAGUAGACUUCUAGAAGCCCUCAACUGCUGAGAUAGAGCUGCAUUCCUGUACUUCCACUAUUCACAUCAGUUGUGGACUGACUUGAAAGUGGAAAUCAGUUAAUCUCUGUGGAACAUUAUAUUUGGCCAUUUAAUUGACCAUCACGAUUCAUAAAAUAAAGGGAUGAUCUCUUGCCUAACUGAAUUAAAGAAUCUUGGUGUAUAACACUUUUGUCGAUGACAGAGCAGACAUAUCAGGGGCACAUAGAAUCUACAAAUAUGGAAAGACUUCAUGGAAUUUCUGAAAAUGUUCUGAAACAGCAGAAAAUUGCUCAACUCUUCAGAGAGAGCUCAACAAUGUCUUUCAGGUACACUCAAGAGAGCUAGUUUGCAUUUGUCAUAGCCAGCUGUAUUGGAAUGGGAAAACUUGAACUUGUGUAUUGUGCUGCUGUGUUAAGUUUGUUUUGAUGAACCACAGGAGACUUGAGAGGGGAGUCCUUACAUCAACAUGAAGAAGCAGAGUAUUCAUUUCAAAAGGAGAUCAACUCAGUGCUUCAGUCAUGUUUCUGAGCAGCUGUGACUUUCUGGGCACAGUGUUCCCUGGCCACAGCUGUAUAUGUGAUUCUGUGUACUCAAGUGUAAUUUUAAUGUCUUUUCCAAAUCAUUCCAUGGAUGGCUGCCUUAUUUUUAUUUUUAUUUUUUGAUUUUUUUUCACUUUUAAUUGUGAACAGUUUAAAAAUGUUUUUAUUAUUAAAAAAAUCUAUUCACUGCA